UCUUAACAGGCUUAACUAGUCUCUACUGAAGUAAAAAAAGCAACCCUAUCUCUUUUAUAUUUGGUAGAGUAGUAGUUGAGCUCUAAAAUAAUUUCCAUCUCCUCCCAUCCUUGUUUGAACUCUUCCAAACCUUCUCCAGUUCUCCUUCCUUUACUCCCCUGUGAAUAAUCAUUUAUUUAGUAGUUUCUCUUCUUGCUUUUUCAUCUAAGCUACGCAUGGGAAUAGUUACUGAAAGUCUGAAACCUUCAUAGCUCUCACACCAAACUCUCAGCCAUGUCAGGGAAGUCAUGGAAAUCUCUUCUCAGGGGCUGUUGUGGGAGCUCCAGUAAUGACCAACAAGGAAAGCUUGCCUCAAAGCAAAGAUCUCUUCAACGGCUUUCGUUCUCAGAAAUAAGCCACUCGCCGGGCCCGCUUUCACCCAGUGAUCUCACCGUCUCUCUUGCAGGCUCAAACCUUUACGUCUUCUCCCUUGCAGAGCUUCAAAUGGUGACAGGAGGAUUCUCGAACAGCAAUUUCCUUGGAGAAGGCGGCUUUGGGCCUGUGUAUAAAGGGUUCAUCGACGAAAAGGUGAGGCCUGGAAUGGAAGCUCAGACUGUCGCCGUGAAGUUGCUUGAUCUCGACGGCGUGCAGGGCCACAGGGAGUGGCUGGCUGAAGUGAUCUUUCUUGGGCAAUUGAGUAAUCCACAUCUUGUGAAGCUAAUUGGUUACUGUUAUGAGAAUGAACACAGGCUGCUGGUUUAUGAGUACAUGGCAAAAGGAAGCUUGGAGAACCAUUUGUUUAAGAGACACUUCACCUCCUUGCCAUGGCUGACAAGGUUGAAGAUUGCAGUGGGAGCUGCCAAAGGACUGGCCUUCCUCCAUGAAACUGAGAAACCAGUGAUAUACAGGGAUUUCAAAGCAUCUAACAUAUUGUUGGAUUCGGACUUCACACCAAAGCUUUCAGACUUCGGCCUUGCAAAGGAUGGCCCUGAAGGAGACAACACCCAUGUCUCUACCAGAGUUAUGGGUACUGAAGGCUACGCUGCACCAGAGUACAUCAUGACAGGCCAUCUCACAACAAAAAGUGACGUCUACAGCUAUGGAGUUGUAUUGCUUGAGCUUCUAACAGGAAGAAGAUCGGUAGACAAGACUCGCCCAAGCAGAGAACAGAACCUUGUAGAAUGGGCUCGGCCUUGCCUUAACGACACUAGAAAGCUAAUGAGAAUCAUGGACACCAGCCUCGAUCAACAGUACUCUCACAAAGCUGUUCAGAAGGCAGCAACAGUAGCCUAUCAGUGCUUGAACCAUACCCCGAAAUCAAGGCCUCAGAUGUCCACCAUUGUUGAGAUUCUGGAGCCUCUCCUGGACUUUGAUGAUGGAAUGAUUGGAACCUUUGUGUUCUCAGUAGAAACAGAGGUUGUUGGAGAAGAGGAGGAGGAGGAGGAGAAGAAAGGUUGCAAUGGGAGUGGUAAUGGAAAUUAUCAUAAGGGACAGAGACACAAGAUGAGGUCAAGCAAGUGUGGAAGGCAUAGUGAUGUUUUGCUUUACAGAAAUUCUGCAACAAAUUAUAGCAGGAAGGGCACAGGAGCAAUGGUAGUUAACAUGGAGUGUGAAUAGAUAAUUACCUUAAGCAUUUAGUGUGCUUUUAGAUUAGAGAAGAUAAUUAAUUACCUUAAACAUUCUUCACAAACAGAGAAGGCUUCACCCAUUAUAAGAUAUUAUGAGCUAAACUUUACUUCAGAAUCAAGACAUCCAUUACUGUUUUGAAAUAGUUACAGACAGUAAAAAAAAUAAAAAUUCUUCUGAAAA